UUUAAAGGUGUCUUAGGCUGGUCAGAAAAUGGUAUUUCCAGCCUGUGGGAAAUACUGGGAACUGGAUAUUUGUUUUCGUCCUGAGUUGGGAACAAUUUGAUUCAGAUGCAUCGCAACGACUCGGUUGAAGCGUUUCAUGGUGGCGAUGGUGAAACGGGAUCCAUCCUACAGCACAAUGCUAGCCACACAUGACGGUGAAGAUAAUUGACUCAGACAGAACACAAGGAAAGCCCGCCUGCGCCGCCCCAGCGAUGGGAGAGGGAGCUGGAGUCCAUUCUGCCCGGCUACAGCCUCGUGAGCGUCGCACUGCUGGGGUGUGACAGGGAAAAAGAGCUUGUCCAGAUUAGACCAGGGGUGAAGAGCCCAGUGACCUCAUCUGUGAUGGGCAAAAGGACACACACCCGGUGAACAGACAGCAGCGUGGCCUCACCUGUCUCUUCCUCCCCAUCCUCUCCCUGUGGUGGGAAGAGCCCUGCUCGGAUGUGCUCAUGACAGGGACCCAAUGCAGCUGUUGUACAACCUUCCUCGGGUGCUACGGAGGGUCUGAGGACGCAGAUUUCCUGAUGGCUUUUCCAUCUGACCUGCAACGUCGCAGCUCACCUGGCCUCUCCAACACACGAACACAUCCUCGAACUGCCUGCUUUCAGGACUUCUUCCUUUGUUUUAUUUUGGGUUUUUUCAGUGAUUCUAUUUUGCUUCAUCUCAUGCACAGCCAGGCGCAUGGGCCCGCCUGCAGGAUCAGGUCUGUUCUAUCCCACCGCUAGCGCCACUGUAUCCGAGCGCCUUCCCGUCGUGCAUGAGGCACCCUGACUGACAUCUGUCUCGCCACCAGCCGCCCACCUCUGACAAAGUUACAGCUCUGUCUAACCGCUCAGUCCCAGGAUGGAGCCCUCCUCCUCAGUAUUUAGCUAUUUGUUAUUGCACUUGUUUGUUCUCUCCUUACAAGCUCAGGUAACUGUUCAGUCCCCACCUAAUUUUACACAGCAUGUGAGGGAGCAGAGCCUGGUGACGGAUCAGCUCAGCCGACGGCUCGUCCGCACCUACCAGCUGUACAGCCGGACCAGCGGAAAGCAUGUGCAAGUCCUGGACAACAAGAAAAUCAAUGCCAUGGCCGAGGACGGGGAUGCUCAUGCCAAGCUCAUCGUGGAGACGGACACCUUCGGGAGCCGCGUGCGCAUCAAAGGGGCCGAGACCGGGUUCUACAUCUGCAUGAACAAGAAGGGGAAGCUGAUUGGCAAGAGCAAUGGCAAAGGCAAAGACUGCGUCUUCACGGAGAUCGUCCUGGAGAACAACUACACGGCGCUGCAGAACGCCAAGUACGAGGGCUGGUACAUGGCUUUCACCCGCAAGGGCCGGCCCCGCAAGGGCUCCAAGACGCGGCAGCACCAGCGCGAGGUGCACUUCAUGAAGAGGCUUCCCAAGGGCCACCAGACCACCGAGCCCCACCGGCGCUUCGAGUUCCUCAACUACCCGUUCAACCGGAGAAGUAAAAGGACUCGAAACUCCAGCCCUCGGCCGGGCCCCUGACUUGCCCCGCCCCCUGCCUCCCAAGCCCCGCCCCCUUCUCUGCGUAGACAUGUGCUGGACUGUGACUAGAGACUUUUUUUUAUACGGUUAUUAAAAAAGGGAAAAAAAGGAGGAAAAAAAACGCCCUGAUCUAGUUGUUUAUAAUUUUGUUUUGGUUUGUUUUUUACAAAAAGAAAAGAAAGGAAGGAAAGAGGCUCUAUUUUUGUAUUCCAACUUUAAAAAGCAACGAAAUGUUCAAAGACUCGGGAAUGGGGAAGGCCCUUCACUUAGACGCGUUCUAGUCGGGUUGGGCUUGUGUUUUAGUUCUGUAGCUCUAGGGGAAAGGGGGCAAAAAUCGUUUUCAAACAAACAAACAACAACAACAAACCCCCACCCCAGUCUGGGACCAAAGUGCUACUUAAACUAAAGCAACGGCUGCUUAUUUGAAAAGAAAAAAAGAUGGGAAAUAGAAGAGGUGGGGGAGGGAUUUGAAGACUAGGGACCAGGACUCCUGGGUUCUUUCCCCAGCUUUACUCUGACGCCUGUUGGGUUUCUGGUGGUAACUGGGUUGCCUACGGCUUUCCACUAUCAAAGUAUCUAUUUCUUUAGCUGGACAAUGGGUGGUUUGAUACUGUUCUGAUCCCACAACACUGCUUCUUUCCCAGCUCCCCGUCUUUCCACAGGAGGCUGGAGCGGAUGGGGGGAUAGAGAUGCCCCCAGGCAAAAUCCUGAAUGGAGAUGGCCCCUCUGUUAACCAAAGGAACCUGGGAAUUUUCUCAAGCUGUGAUGGAGGGCAGGGGGCAGUGACUGAACUAGAGAGGGUUGGAUAACGGGGGUUUUGUCCCCAUGAAGUAUUGGGACUCUUCAUUGAAAACUGAAAAAAAAAUUGGCUAAAACACAAAAAUUCCAAAAACCAAAAAAUUUUCAGCAGUUUUUGUCUGAAUUUUAAAAAAAAUAUUCCAUUCUCAGGCCAAAUUUUUCAGGUUCCAGUCCUCCAGCACACAGAUGGAAUUGGUUUGAGGAAAGCUGCCAUUUUUAAUGACAAAUUUCAUUGUGUCAAAUGCCCAGUUUUCCUUUGGGGGAAAAUAUUGAUGGAAAAAUUUCCAGCCAUCCUGGCUCUGAACCAAGCCCUAGGAGGACUCUGCAAAGAUUGUGAAUGGGGAGAAAAACCAGAGACGCUCUAUCAAAGCCAGAACUCGGGUGGCUUCUCAGCCGAUCUCUUUGAUUGUUUGUUUUUAUUUCCUUGAGGGUUUUUUUUG